AUGCUGUCGCGAGGACCUCGCCUGUCCUCUCGGCCCAGCGGUUCCUCGAUCUGUUCUCCUUUCUUAAAUAUCACCCUCUCUCUUUUAUUUCCCCUUUCCUCGUGUCUGGCCUUGUUUACUACGCUUAAGAGGGUUCAGCACAAGGCCACGUGUAUAAGUUUAUUUUUUUGUUUUGUUUUUGUGUUUUCUAUUUUGUCUCCGAAUAUUUUUUUACCUUCUUUUUAUUCAUUGCUUUUUUUCUUCACUCUUUUUCUCUUCCUUUUCCUAUAUUUCUUCUUUUUUUUUUUUUUCGUUUCGUCCUCCUGCUCUCUUCGCAUCUGUCUAUCUAUCUAUCUAUCUAUCUAUCUAUCUAUCUAUCUAUCUAUCUAUCUCAGUCUCUUCGCAUCUAUCUAUCGCAGUCUGUUCGCAUCUAUCUAUCUAUCUAUCUCCAGUCUAUUCAUCUAUCUAUCGCAGUCUGUUCGUAUCUAUCUAUCUAUCUAUCUAUCUAUCUAUCUAUCUAUCUAUCUCAGUCUGUUCUAUCUAUCUAUCUAUCUAUCUAUCUAUCUAUCUAUCUAUCUAUCUAUAUAUAUAUAUAUAUAUAUAUAUAUAUAUAUAUAUAUAUCAGUCUGUUCGUAUCUAUCUAUCUAUCUCAGUCUGUUCGUAUCUAUCUAUCGCAGUCUGUUCGUAUCUAUCUAUCUAUCUAUCUAUCUAUCUAUCUAUCUAUCUAUCUAUCUAUGUCACAUUUCCAUAAUCUAUCUAUCUAUUUAUAUAGCUAGCUAUCUCUAUUCCUAUCUAUCUAUCUAUCUAUCUAUCUUCCGUUUAAUAUCUAAGUCUGAUUAUUAUCUAUCUAUCUAUCUAUCUAUCUAUCUGUCAUUACCAUUAUCAUUAUAUAGUCUAUUCAUUUUUUCAUGUUUUUUUUUCUCACUCAGUUGA